CACACUAAUACACAGAUACACUACCCCAGUGCAGUAAUUAAUCUACUCCAGUACGUACUGUCGAGUAGCAGAAGCUCGAUCGAUCGAUCCAUCUUGUGAAUUGUGAUGGGUAAUAAGUACCUGGCAGUGGUGACGGUGGUGGCGCUGCUGGUGGCGGCGCCGGCGGUGAGCGCGGUGACGUGCGGGCAGGUGGUGAGCAUGCUGGCGCCGUGCAUCAUGUACGCCACGGGGAGGGUGGCCGCCCCGACCGGCGGCUGCUGCAACGGCGUCAGGAGCCUCAACUCGGCGGCGGCCACCACCGCCGACCGUCAGGCCACCUGCGCCUGCCUGAAGCAGCAGAGCAGCGGCAUGGGCGGCCUCAGGCCCGACCUCAUCGCCGGCAUCCCCUCCAAGUGCGGCGUCAACAUCCCCUACGCCAUCAGCCCCUCCACCGACUGCUCCAGGGUGCAUUAAUAAGUAGAUGCAUGAACACGUACUAUCAAGUGAUCGAUGCGAGAAUAAUAAAGAGGAGAUCAAGAUCGAUCUGCAGCUGCCAUCUCUAGUUGCGGCUGCUAUAGCUAGCUACCUGCGUUUGAUCCAGAAAUGAACGCAUGUUUUGCUUAAUUUUACUGAAGUUGUUAGCUGUUUCGAGGGAUCGUUGCGUUCAGUUUG